AGGAGGCGGCGGCGAGGGCGGCGAAGAGGAGGAGGAGGAGGCGCAGCGGCGACGGUGUACCCGAGGAAUGCGCUGAAGAUGGCGGCCGGCCGGAGAGCGCCCAAGAGCGGGCUGCUGGAGCUGCGAGCGCCGGGCGAGCAGUGGCUGCGGGUGCUGGUCACGCUGUCCGAGGACUUUCUGAGCGUCAGCCCCAGCAAGGGCGCCGAGGAGCCGCUGCAGCCCCCGCCCAGCCCCGUGCAGCUGAAUGGCGGCGAGCCCUGCGCCCUCGUCCCGGACUCGCUCACCAACAUCAAGCGCACGGUGCGGAUCGUCAAGCAGGACGUGGGGGGGCUCGGC